UCCAAGGCAGCUGACUGGCCUGCCAAAAAACCUAAACACAUCGAGGACCAGGGAGUGGCUUGUGCCAGAGCUGAAUAAUGAUGAUCCCAGCACACUUAUAAAGGGAAGCAGAGAGCUCACCACAGAGCUGUUCCUGUGGAGCAUCACUGCGCCUCAUCCACCAAGGUGCAUUUCCCACCUGCAUCCCAGUGCAGCCAUGCUGGGCACGGCAGUGCGGCUCUCAGUCCUGCUCAGCCUCUUCAGCGUUGGGAAAGGCCAGAUGUUUCAUGUGGGACCAUGCCCAGAUCCAUCAGUUCAAGAAGAAUUCGAUAUCAACAAGUAUUUGGGGAAAUGGUACGAGAUAGAGAAGCUGCCCUCAACUUUUGAGAAAGGAAGCUGCAUCCAGGCAAAUUACUCAUUGAAGGAGAACGGGAAGUUCAAGGUGAUCAACAAGGAGAUGCUUGCCAAUGGCAAAAUCAAUGAAGCUGAAGGAGAACUCAUGCACAUGGAUGUAAAGCAGCCGGCCAAGCUGGGCGUCCGCUUUAACUGGUUCAUGCCUGCUGCCCCUUACUGGGUCAUCUCCACUGACUAUGAAAAUUACUCCCUGGUUUACUCCUGCACGAACAUCCUCUGGCUCUUCCACAUGGACUAUGCCUGGAUUCUGUCAAGAGCUCCUGACAUGCACCCAGAAACUGUGGAGAACCUGAAGAGUGUUCUCCAGUCCUACAAGAUCGACACUGAUAAAAUGAUGCCCACUGACCAAGCCAACUGCCCUGCUGAGAUGUAACUCCUGGCAUGCAGUGACACAGCACCAGACCAGAGAUAAACUUUGUUGCUUGCUUUAUUAUCCAUUAGAAUUUCUCUGUGUUACCUGAGAAAUUUAAUAACAGUAGUUUCCUUUUUGCUAACAGCAGUUUGUCAGCCCAGAGGUACUCCUUGCUGCCAUUCCCUGUAUUGCUCUUCCCCCUCUUUUUGUCUUGCUCUGACUGCUGCAGCAUCACUGACUGAGUCAGUGCUGAUGGGUGAAAGAAAGAAACCCUGAAGUGCAGUCCUGAAACUCUGCUGCUGCUGUGAGUCCUCCAGUACGUGGAAGGGAAAGGGUAUGAGUUGUGAUGUGCAAGUGUUAGUCCUGGGGAAAAAUCGUUCACCACACAGCCCCAUGUUCAUUUCCAAAUUUUGUCUUGAUGCUUCUGGACCUGCCAGGAAUCUACAGUGUCUGAGCUACACUGUGGGCACUGCCUUAGCAGCAGCAACAUCCAGACAUGGUGGGUCAGUCCUGCAGCCUGAGAACUGAGGCUGGGGUCUUGAAAGUUUCCCAAUGCAGGACAGUGGGCAUACAUUGUUGCUAAGUCACCAGACCUCCUCACCAGAAAUCAGAUCUUGCCCUUUGUAUUUUAAAUCUAAAAAUGUCCGGAGAUUCAGCAUGACUCCAUCCCCAAUGUCUAUAUGUGUCCUUCUCUUGCCUCUAAUGAAACUGGUCCUGCCCUCCCAAGGGGCCAGCUCUGACUGCACUUGUAAGCAGAUGUAAAGAGAUGGGGCUGCUCCCUUGUUCUGUCUUCCAGAGGCUUUUCCCUGAACACCAGGAGACAGCAGGCUCUGCCUGACAUCCUGCCACUGCUGUUGCACGUGCCGAGUGCCCGCUGGCGCUGCAUCUGCCCUGGCAGGUGUUCAGCAGGCACGACGACAACUCUGCUUGAAUAGCAUUCAUGCAACUCAUUAAAAAUGAAAUAAAAA